UCUAAAUAUAAGAUCGAAUGGAAAAGGGAAGCGACGAGCUUAGUCGUCUGCUUGGCUCUUGCCUCGUCGGUCCGUCCGUCUCAUGGGAGCGUAACGGUGAACAUGCUGCUGCUUCUCCGGCUCUCCGUCAUCACCUAUGUCACCGCAGUGUGGGCGGGUCCGGCGGAGACGGUGGUGGGCGUGGCCGGGCGGAGGGUGGCCCUGCCGUGCCGAGUGGCGGCGGCCAAGCCCGGAGACGUGCACGUGUGCUGGGGGCGGGGCCAGCCGGCUGUCUUCUCCUGCCACAACAUGCUGCUCAACGCGGCGGGCGCGCGGGUCACGUACAAGAGCUCGUACAGGUACUCAUUGUCAUCCACCCCAAGCGGGCCGUCUGCUCUCUCCAUCUAUAACGUGCGUUCUUCCGAUUCGGGCCUGUACCACUGCCGGGUUCAGCUGCCGGGACUCUUCAACGACAAAAUCUUCUCCGUGUUCCUCAUCAUCAUUAAAGGUGCCGGGAACCUGAACGCACCGCCGACUACCCAAGGUGGAACUUUGGAAGCAGGGACAGGAAGUGAUGUCACGCAGAUAUUGUGGGACAGCACGGUCGAUGACACAACCGGACCGGCGGUUGCCCGUGUUCAGGCGCCCGUUCGGCGACAAGAUGGCAACAAUCUCCCCAUGUUCCUCGGAAACACACUCAGGAUGGCUUUCAUCGUCUUCAUACCGGCCGUGAUACUGAUUGCGGCCUACAGAAUGUGGAGGUCCAAUCGGAAAGUAACGAUUGAUGAUGACACCGGUGACAGCCAAUCAGAAGCGGCGGAGGACGACGUGGCUCUCUAGACUCAAAUGGCGCCUUUGGUUUUGUUUUGACUGUCAAAAGGAAAAUGUAGUGAGAAAAAUCAGCCUCAAAAUCAAUUAAAAAAAAAUCAAAAAUAGUA